AUGGGAACAGCUAAGGGAGAUAAUGCAACAGCUCCUGAUCUGAAGGGACCAGGGCCUGUAGAGAGACAAGACUCGAUAACAUCCGUACCAUCUCCCACUCCAAGUGGAAGUGACCCAGUUCAUGAUUUACCUCCAGAAUUAUUGCAAGCUGGAUGGAGAAAAUUCUGGAGCAAAAGAGAAGGGCGGCCAUAUUUCUUCAAUAAACUGAAUAAUGAAUCUCUGUGGGAAAUGCCACAACUUGGCUUUCAUGGAAAUAUGCAUGACCCAAUGACAGAUCCUCUAGGUAUUAACACACCAGAAGGUCAUGCUCCAUUACCAGCUAUUUCCAAAUUUAUUUACAAGGCUAAGAGUUUUACUAUAAAUUUUUGCAAUAUUUUCUAUGAAUUUGUUUUGUUUUGCAGCCCCUUUUGGAAUUUUGAAAUCCCAACCAACUGUGUAAUUAAUGAAAGAGCACCAGUAAAUAUCCCAGGACCUUAUCCUGAUAUAGAACAGCUUCGAGCUCAACUUGUUACUAAAUUACGCCAGAAUUAUAAUGAACUUUGUUAUUCUAGAGAAGGUAUUGAAGCACCAAGAGAAUCAUUCAACCGCUGGUUACUAGAAAGAAAUGUAAUAGAUAAAGGAACAGAUCCUAUGCUUCCGUCUCAAUGUAUACCUGAAGUAUCUCAGUCUAUGUACCGUGAAAUUAUGAACGAUAUACCAGUCAAAUUAGUCAAACCAAAAUACUCUGGAGAUGCUCGGAAACAGUUAUUUAGAUAUGCAGAGGCUGCCAAAAAGAUGAUAGAGUCUAGGGGUGUAGCUUCUGAAAGCAGAAAAAUAGUCAAAUGGAAUGUGGAAGAUACUUUUACAUGGUUAAGAAGACAGCAGAAUGCUUCUUAUGAAGAUUAUUUGGAAAGAUUAGCACAUUUAAAACGACAAUGUCAACCCCAUUUAACAGAAGCAGCCAAAACAUCAGUAGAAGGUAUCUGUAAAAAGAUAUAUAACCAGUCAUAUGAGAUUGUUAAAAAGCUCUCGGAGCGACAUUGGGAGAUUUUAAAAGAAAACAACAUCAAUAAAAUGGACCCAUUACCAGAACCAACUACACCAAGAAAAGUUUUAUGUUAUUCAAUUCAAGUAUCUGUCCCAACUCCACGACCAGUUUUAGUUGAACAUGCAACAGAGAAUGAUAUUACUUCCUUACGAUAUAAAUCAGAAACAGUCAAAAUAAACAGUUCACAUUUUCAUAAAUUGGAACAAUUAUAUAAAUUAAAUUGUCGAGACGAUCCCAGAUUUGACCAUUUUUUAUGUCGAGUGUGGUGUUUAUUACGAAGAUAUCAGACAUAUUUUGGUAUUCAUACUAAUGAAGGAUUUGGUUUACAAGGAGCCUUACCUGUAACUGUGUUUGAAUGCCUUCAUCGUGUAUUUGGGGUCACAUUUGAAUGUUUUGCCUCACCAUUGAAUUGUUAUUUUCGACAAUUCUGUUCAGCCUUUACUGAUACUGAUGGUUAUUUUGGUUCUAGAGGUGAUAUAUUAAAUUUCUUCCCUAAAAGUGGUUCAUUUGAAGCCAACCCACCAUUCUGUGAAGAAUUGAUGGAAGCAAUGGUGGAUCAUUUUGAGAAUUUAUUACAUGAAUCAAAUGAACCGUUAUCAUUUAUAGUAUUUAUACCAGAAUGGAGAGAUCCCCCUACAGAGGCUUUAAUGAGAUUAGAAUCCAGCAGGUUUAAGAAAAAACAGAUAACCUUUCCAGCAUAUGAACAUGAAUAUAGAAAUGGAUUUCAACAUAUCUGUCCAAAAAAUGAUAUGAGUGUGAAGUCUCUACAUGGAACAGUUGCUAUCUUCUUACAAAAUGAUGCUGGUUUCUCUAAAUGGGGUCCUACCCCAGAAAGAAUUAAAGAAUUAUUGUUAUCAUCUAAACCAAGAGAUACCGUAUCUUAA